CUGUUUUAGGAGGACAAAAAAGAAGAAAUGGUGUCAAUUUAAAAUUAUCUCACAUCGCCCGCAAAAGCAGCGUUAUCGUGACACUCGACUUAACUCUAAAUUUACAUUGUACAGAUAGAAAAUGUUUGACUAACGUCAUUAUACGACCCUAGUUAAACAAACAUUUCUAGGACGACUCGAAAUUCGAAACCUGUGGUCUUUUCGGCUCAGUUGGAUUUUUCAUAAUUGUUUGUCAUGUACCAGUCUCUUAGAUAAGGGGUUUCGGCUACUAUGGGACCGUUGCUGAUCAAAGGCCAAUCCAACGUUCAGUUUUCUAGAAACUACCUAAGGUCCGUGACCAAAAGUGGAUUUUGCGGUAUCAAAGAAAGAAGGAGGAUACGGAAAUAUACCUAUUAUACGACAGAUCUCUUCACAAGUCUAGUCAAUCUAAGAUGGAGGUACAUUUUACUUAUUUGCAUCGUGAGUUUUAUAUCGACUUGGUUCAUAUUCGGAGUGCUUUGGUGGGUUAUAGCUUACGCCCACGGUGACCUCAAAACGUCUCCGUAUGAAAAUUCAGAACCAGAGCCGUGCGUGACAUUAGUGGAAGAUAUGACAUCGGCAUUUCUUUUUUCUUUGGAGACGCAGUACACGACGGGGUACGGUACGAGGUCCCCAACUCCUCAAUGCCCAGAAGCUGUAUUCCUUCUUUGCGUCCAGAGCAUAUUCGGAUUGCUUCUGCAAUCGGUCAUGGUCGGGGUGGUGUUCGCCAAACUCGCCCGGCCCAAAGCCAGAUCCCAAGCGAUAUUUUUCAGCGAGAAAGCGACAGUUUGCCUUAGGGACGGGCGAUUCUGUUUGACGUUUAGAGUAGCCGACGUCAGGAAAUCCUGCUUGGUCGGUUGUAAGAUCAGAGCUUGGAUUUUGAAGCACAGGAUAUCAAAAGAAGGCGAAGCUCUUCCUUAUUACCAGACUAAGUUGAAAAUUUCAGUGGAAGACGGAGGAAGCGAUUUUUUUCUCUUAUGGCCGGUGACUGUCGUACACAAGAUCGACGAAAGGAGCCCGUUUUACCGUCUCAACGCCAGAGAAUUGUUAAGGUCGCAAUUUGAGAUAGUCGUCUCUUUGGUUUGCACUGUCGAGACGACCGGACAGACGACAGAAGUGAGGACUUCCUACACCCCUCCCGACAUACUAUGGGGGCAUAGAUUUCAAAACAUAAUCGUCAGGAAUGAAAUGGGUAUCUACGUGGAUUACGCCCUCUUCGAUAAGACCACCUGCGUCGACAUGAUGACCUGCAGCGGGAGUCAGUUGGAGGCGAUGCCGGCCAAAAAAUUAGAGACGGAGAGCCUCUAUCUAUACACAGCCGACACGGGGGAGUGCCUAGCGAAAGAGGAGAUCGAUGAAACAUGCAGGUUUUGGUGCCCGAGUGACAUUUAAUUUCUAAAUUUACAGAAAAUAUAGAUUUUGUAUUACUAUCGACUCUUAACAAUAAAGCAUUUUGCCUAUA